CACUCACUGCUGCCUCUCGCCUGGGAGGUUGCUGUGCAAUAACGAACAAGAAGGGGGGGAGGGAGCCCCUUCCAGCUGUCGGGAACAUCACUGACAAGCUGAUCAGUUAACAGUGAGCCCUCCCGCAAACGCCCACCGCAUGUCCACGCGGGAUUUGAUCGGCGCGACAGAUCACCCCUUCUAAACCAGCCCUCGGGUUCAAGGUUUGCCCCUCCCGCCAAGCACCAAUCUGAGAUGGGCAGAAGGAGGGGGCGGGAAGGUUAGUUUGAAGAGGGCAGAGCUUUGCGAGAGGACGCCGCUUUUCCCAUUAUUUCUCCGCUGGAUAAAAAAAAAAAAAAAAAAAAAAACAUAUCCAAAUCCAGUGGACGAUAAGAGCUGAGGGAGAAAUCAGUCGGACCAAACACCAGAACCUCAUUAACUCCAAGGAAAGCCGGCCGGGAGAGAGAGAGAACACACAGCAGGAACAUCAUUCUCAUUGCUGCUGAGCUCAGGAUAAACUAUGGCUGCUGCACACCGGAAGCCUCAAUCAGUGGACUUUGGUUUGUGGCUCCUCCUCCUGCUCCUCAGCCUCAUUCCUGAAGCCAGGGCAGUAGUUGGACACAGAGAGCCGUUGCCUGAUGAUAGUAGAGACAACAUCACCAUUUUCACCCGAAUCUUAGACAGGCUGUUGGAUGGAUAUGACAACAGGCUCCGUCCUGGGCUAGGAGAGAGCGUGACAGAAGUGAGGACAAACAUCUAUGUAACAAGUUUUGGGCCAGUUUCAGACACGGACAUGGAGUACACCAUCGAUGUCUUCUUUCGCCAGAGUUGGAGGGAUGAGAGGCUGAAGUUCGACGGGCCCAUGCAGGUUUUACCCCUGAACAACCUCCUGGCCAGUAAAAUCUGGACUCCUGACACUUUUUUCCACAACGGAAAGAAGUCUGUGGCCCACAACAUGACAACUCCUAACAAACUGCUGCGACUAGUCGACAACGGCACACUUCUCUACACGAUGAGGUUGACCAUUCAUGCCGAGUGCCCCAUGCACCUGGAGGAUUUCCCGAUGGAUGCACACGCCUGUCCUCUGAAGUUGGAAGUUUAUGCUUACACAAAUAAUGAGGUGAUCUACCUGUGGACCCAGGGGGACGAGAGGUCUGUCGCUGUGGCAGAGGACGGCUCCCGGCUGAACCAGUAUGACUUACUGGGACACGUUAUUGGGAAAGAAACCAUCAGUUCCAGCACAGGAGAAUAUGUAGUGAUGACAACGUAUUUCCAUUUGAAAAGGAAAAUUGGCUAUUUUGUGAUUCAAACCUACCUUCCAUGCAUCAUGACUGUCAUACUGUCUCAAGUCUCCUUCUGGCUAAACAGAGAAUCGGUUCCCGCGCGCACAGUAUUGGGGGUCACCACUGUCCUAACCAUGACUACCUUGAGCAUCAGUGCUAGAAACUCCCUUCCUAAGGUGGCCUAUGCCACCGCCAUGGACUGGUUCAUGGCGGUGUGCUAUGCCUUUGUCUUCUCUGCCUUGAUUGAGUUUGCCACAGUCAACUACUUCACCAAGCGCAGCUGGGCAUGGGAUGGGAAAAAAGAGGGCAUGGAAAUAAGGGAACCGUUUCAGGCUAACAUGGCCAGGAUUAAAGAUAUGAGAAGAGAGUCUGCGACUUUGUCCAAAAAGGCGAACAACACCUUCAACAUUGUCGGAACCACCUACGCCAUCAACGUAGCUAAAGAUCAAGGCUUAACGACCAUUUCCAAGAGUGCGGGAGCUUCAGCCAAGCAUCCCUAUCUGCCUGACCCCUACACGGAGGCCAAGAAAUCCUACAACCGUGUCAGCAAAGUGGACAAGAUAUCGCGCAUCAUUUUCCCAGUUCUGUUCUUCAUCUUCAACUUAGGCUACUGGGCCACAUAUGUCAACAGAAAGCCCGCCAUCAUGAAGGCAAACAACCUAAACUGAAUCUGACCAAAUGCUAGGCUUGAUUGGGUUUGGUUUCGUUGUGCCAAGUCCAUUACAUCUUUUUUGUGUGUGUAUGUGUGUGCGCGCAUGUUUUUGUGCGUCUGUUUUUUCUUAAGCAUUUGAUAUUUUGCACGUCCGUAUAGAUGGGAGGCCAAUUUGAACAUACAGUAGAUUCACAUAGAGUAGUGGGACCGUGGAGGAAGCACAUUCUCACGUCAGUCUGUGUUUGUGUAGCAUCUCUUUUUUUUUUUUUUUUUUUUCUCCCCUCCACACUUAGCUCUGGCCCUGUUCUCUGUUGUGAGUAACCCCGUGUUCUUUGCUGUAUCUUUGAUGGCUUGCUGUUGCAUAUAGUAGUCAAUUGUGUCUCCACUAAGUUUUUGACAUGUUUGCGCUUUGCUUCUGAUAAGUUUAGAGCAAGCAUGCGUUUGAAGUUGUCAUUGUAGCUCAUUACCAGUAAUAAGGCUUUGACACAUCCAUUGAGUUGACAGCCUGCAUGCAGACACGCACACAGACACAUGCAUCGGAAGACACCAGGAGAGCCAUUUGCUGGUCGCUUUACUGUUACUCUGUUAGCUGGGGGCAGCCUGUGUAGUUCCAUAGGAACGUCAUUAAUGAUCGUCAGUGUCCGACCUUCAGCUUGUGCUGAAUUUCAGCGGUCCCAACACAGCUUUAUCUGGAAAUGCUUUCGCGUCUCAUUGGGCUGCCUGCGUGUUUUCUAGUUCGGUGGCUGUUUUAGUUUUAGCCGGGUAUGUCCAACGACAGAGAAGCUAUGUGCCUUGGUAAAUACACACAUCACAAAGCAAGAAGGCUUUGACAAAGGUCUGUGUGUGGUUAUAUUACAUACAGACAUUUACAGGGUAUCCAUACUCUGCAGUGUAGUGCAGUGUUGUGCACCGCGCACAACCAGCCCGUGGAAUAUGGAUAGAAAGUGUAAAUGUUUUCCAUGAGUGUGGAAGGCUAACAGACCUUUCACCACUAGUGAAAAGGUGAAGCAAAGAUAUUAAAGGAUCUAACGUAGUCCAUGUGCCGUUUAUGUUUUGACAUGUUUUGGCAUCUCUGUGAGCUGAGCAGUCAUUGCAGACUACCGCCAUUACCUCAGACUGAAGUCGAAUUCAGAUUCAGAGUUUAUUCUGUGUUUUCCAUUCAAAUGCAAAUAACAUGACAUGUUUUAUGCAUUAAAUCACACCAGACACUCCCCUUUAAGUAAACUGUUAAGUAAGCCUCUCGUUUUGUUUUUUUUUCUUACCUUAUGUUCUUCACAUCUGUCACUGUUUGUUCAUUCGUGCCUCGUCAUAAGCAUUUGGAUUCAUGCUGUACUUUUUGUCCUUUUUAUACUUUCUGUAAAGUCAGUUGGUGUUGAUUUAGUCGUCUCCACGUACUGUUUUGUUUUUGCGUUUUGUAGUAGGCUGUUAAAGUCGAGUCACAGUCAGACAGCGUUUCUGAACACGUUUCUGAGACACUAUCAUCACUGGCAAAAUUCAGAAUCAUAAAAAGAGAUUACCCGAGUUCUCCAACAACAAAUACAAUGAAUUGUUCUGAUCGGGCCAAAGAGCAAAUACUGAUAAAGGGACGAUCAGUCGUGCACUGGAUGUGUCUCAGAUUGGUUUAGUGAUAUCUGCAUUUCUGUGGUUUUCUGUGUUAUGUUUGCUACGCCUUCGUACAGGUGUACUUCUAAAGCCAUUUCUAUGCUUUUUUAUUGCUAAGCAAAUUGCUUUUCAUAUAUUAAAUAUAGACUCUCAACCAACUGUACUCGAGACUCCAAAAUGCAGUCAGUCCCUUCAAACUGCAUUUUCAGUGGCAAGCUUAGGAUGAGUGAACUGUGUUGUGGGCUGUGUUAAAGGUUUGGUAAUGCAAACCAUGUAGAAAUGUUCAGUCAUAGCUUAAUGCAUGAUGAAGUCUGUACACGUUUUUGUCUCCAGCCUCAAAUAUUGGUGUUUGUCGCUACUGAAAUAGGGCUCAGUGUUUCUGUAGUUCAUCCCAGUUACUCAUAACCUCAGCAGCAUCUGUAUAAACACACUUAAAUUCCCAAUUAUUUGUGCAUACUGAUGCAAUGUUUAUACUUUACAGCUGGCACAGAGUUAUGGGAGUGUUUUACCCUUCUUUGGUCGCACAUACACAUGGGUUUAAUUCAGGGUACCUAAACACACACACACACCACACACACACACACACACACACACACACACACACACACACACACUGAACUGGCCCAGCAUUCAUCUCAAUUAUUGUUAAGCCAGUUUAACAUGGAGCUAAUUCCCACAUAUAUAUGAAGAUAUAUAAUAUAUUUAUAACAAAUCCGAUCAAUAACAAAUAAAGAAUAAAUAAUAUAUUAUUGCAUUUUUUAAUUAUUUGUAAACUUAUUUGAUUAUUAAAUGUGAUCAGUGGCUUUUUGGAGAGGACAAACUCGUUUUAACCGUUAUAAUCAUUCAGUGCAUAAAAUUUCAAGCCAUUUGUAUGUGGACUUACAGUGAGGACCUAGUUCUCACUUCCCUUAGCAGCACAGAGGGAACAGCAUGUGCAUUUCUUUGUAGACCUUUUAGUUUUUAUAUUAUACGCACACUAGAAACUGAAUGUCUAGACUGACAUAAUAAAUCAUAAUACUUACCUCUGGAUUGGAACAACAGAAUAGAAAAUAAUUAAAUUUCUAUGAACCGAUUAAAUGUAUAAUUAGAACCAGGGUGAAGCAUGUUGCUGUGUCUUAAUGAUCUGUAUGACCUCUGAAUAUUUCUGAAUGCCAGACAUCAUGCUGGCACAGCACAGCUUUUUUUUAAUCAGAUACAUUUCACUGAUUGAUGCACUUUCCUGUUAAAACACACUGUCCCUUCUUGUGACUCAGAUUUGAGGAUUCAGUCUUAAAUGAAAUGAUCCAUUAUACACAUCCUCUGAGGGUUUAUAAAGCCUGCAGGCUGCUGCUAAAUAUGAAGCUCACAGCAUUAAUGUUUAUAUAUGACUCCUCUGAGUAGUGGGAUAGAGGUACUGUACCCAAGUACUUCUGUGCAGUAGCUGCUGAAAUAAUUUCCCUCAAAGAGAGUCAUCCUCUGAGUGACACAGUCGUUUUAGUUAUAAAUAUUACCAAUGUGCCCGAAGGCCCUUGUCAUGACAGUAUCUGGUAAAAUGUGAUAACCGAAGAUAAAUUCACUUUGUAAUUUCAUGUGUGCUACAGCGUUGGUAGCUAUAGCAACUCAUUUUUAACCCCAUUCACAAUGUGAAAUGAGUUUUGCGAGUGUCAAGCUGUACUGAUUGCACUGAUCAAGUUCAAGUCAGUUUUAUUCAUAUGGUGCCAGAUCACAACAAACAGUUGCCUCAAGGCGCUCUAUAUUUUGAGGUAAAGACCCUACAAUAAUAGUUAAAAAGGCCGCCAUGAGCAAGCAGCUGGCGACAGUGGGAAGGGAAAACUCCCUUUUAACAGGAACAAAUAUUUACAGAAAAGCUGAAAAGUAGCUACUUCAGAGUUUCCUUAUUAUUGUUGACUACAAUAUGCUUCUUUUUUUUUAAUUCACAUAUACUGUGCGCCUGUGGUUAGCAAACAAGGGUAAAACACUUCCCGAGCUACACGACCGCAACCACUUCACUCUGCCACUAAAUUACAGCGUAAGCACCACCAUCCAAACUGCUUGGAAAUGACCCUAGCAGCCAAGAUAUGAAUUAAUUAUUUGAUCACUUUUUAAAACUAGAAAUUGUAACAAAAUUGUAUUUUGAAGCAUAUGCCUGUACACCUGUGGUAACUGUGUUUUAUUUGUUUGUUUUGUUUUUAACACUCCUGAGGGGUUUUUGAUUAGCAGGACUCCACUGGACUGUUGCCAUUUAGGCUCAGUUAUGAUUGUGUUAUUCAUGUGGUAAAUCUUUUUCUCGCAGGGCCAGAGUUAACUUCAGCAGAAACAUGUCACCCAUAUGAGAUAGAGUAUAUUAAGACUAUAUUGCUGUAUUAAUAUAUUUAUGCUAUUCAGUACAGCAUUAAAUAUUAUAUGUUUUAUACAACAUAACCUCAGCAGCAUUUAUGCAAAUCUCCUGAUGCGUAGAAAGCUGUAGACAAAUAGGUAAUCGAAACAAAUUAUUAAACUAAAUGGCAACAAUUCUAAUUGCUCAGAAUAGUGCUACUAAGUUGUGAAUUUGUAGAUAUUGUGAAAUUAAUUCUAAUAGUUUUUUUUUUUGUGAAUAUUGAUAUGUCAUGUCACUUAUUUUUACAUUUGAUAAGUACUGCUGUCUUACACUGCGCUCUGUAACACUACGUGUUAUGGUAUAAUAAAGAUGUACAGUAGAGAUAAUACUCAUCGAGCUAUUUACAGGAUCAGUACCUUGUGUGCACUUUUCAAACCUAACUGUGAAUAAGCAGCUGUCUGCGAGCAGAGUUGUACACACUGUGUUCCCUCUCCAGCAAUUUCACUGCAUGUCCCUACGCAUUGAGAGAUCAAAGGCUUCCUCCACAAAGACAGCUCCGGGAACUUUGUGGACUUUGUGUUUUUGUUAGGAAGUGGUCUCUAUAUGCUCAGUGACUGGACUCUGUAUGUUGCCCUCUGUCAUUCGUGUGCUUACUGUAUGGGAUAUAGCAAAUGGAAAUGAGGAUUAAAAAGGACGAUGUAUUUUG